UCAAUUUUUAAAGAGGGUGUGUCCCCCAGCUCCGAUUCAGUCUGUCCCUCCGCUGUCCUCUCCCACUCUCCCACUCUCCUCGCACUUACCGUUCCUUGCUCCUCUCCCUCUGACGGCGGCUCGCUGUUCUCUGACUGCGUAGCCUUUCCGUCGGCGUCCACUGUUCAACUUCUUCAUAGUUACGUUCCUAUUUUCUCUCAAUUAUUCACCGUCGUCUCAAGUGGAGGCGACGGCGACGCUGGGAAGUUUGUCGACGGCGGCGACACAACAAUCUUUCGCAGUUUUAGGGAAUUGGAGUACGUUGUUCAUGCCAUGAGAGGAAGCAUUGGAAGAAGACUCCCGGCCCUUGGCAGCGCUGCCAAACCAAGCCAAAUCGCAUCCUCCUCUUCUCUCUUCUCCACAUCUUCCUCUUCCAGCUCAGGCGGCGGCGGUCGCGGUCGCGGCCGUGGUUCUUCCUCCGGUCCUCCUAGGUUCGACUUUUGUGCCCCCGGCAAACCAGACUCGGGCGAUUCCAAACCCCUAGAUUCAGUAGAUACCCCCUUCCCGUCUGGACUCGGUCACGGUCGUGGCAAACCGGCUCCUUCAGCCCCCAUUAUUCCUUCGUUCUCUUCAUGGAAUAAUGGUGUAAAUGCACCUCCUUCAGCUGGUCGUGGCCGAGCCAACCCUCAAGUCACCGCCCAACCGACGGAGUCGCACCCUCAAGAUUCCCAAGUACCCAAAAAGCCUAUCUUUUUCCUCAAAGAAGAAGUGUCUGAAUUGAAUCAAAAAACUCAACUUGGGGAUUUGGGCAGGGACCCAGAGGAGACUAGUAGUAGUGAGCUCCCAUCGAGUAUGUUGUUGAAUCUAUCGCCCGGUGGUGCUGGGCGAGGGAAACCUGCAAAGGGCUCUGCCGAUAAAAUUCAGGAAGAAAAUCGCCAUAUUCAAGCCCGGCAAGCGACCAGGCCUAUGACAGGGAGACGUGGCGUUGAGGUGCAAGAGAGGACUGCACCAAGUGCCCCAAGGAUGAGUCGGGAAGAGGCUGUGAAGAAGGCCGUGGGCAUUUUAUCACGCGGAGAGGAGGGUGGGAGAGGGAGUGGUUUUGGAGUUAGAGGCAGGCGUGGUGGUGCAAGAGGAAGGGGAAUGCAGGGCUGGAGAGGAAGAGGUAGAUGGUCUGGAGGCCGGGGUAGAGAUUUGGAGGAUGAUUCAAGUGGGCUUUUCCUUGGUGAUAAUGCAGAUGGGGAGAAGUUGGCUAAGAGGAUUGGAAUAGAAAAUAUGAAUAAAUUGGUUGAAGGGUUUGAGGAAAUGAGUGGAAGAGUAUUGCCUUCCCCGGUAGAGGAUGCGUAUCUGGAUGCUCUCCAUACGAAUUAUAUGAUUGAGUGUGAGCCAGAAUACUUGAUGGAGGAGUUUGGCACGAACCCUGAUAUUGAUGAGAAGCCUCCUAUUCCUCUUCGAGAUGCGCUUGAGAAGAUGAAGCCUUUCUUGAUGGCAUAUGAGGGAAUUCAAACUCAAGAAGAGUGGGAGGAAGCCAUUGAAGAAACAAUGGAGAAAGUUCCAUGUAUAAAGGAACUUGUAGAUUACUAUAGUGGACCCGAUAGAGUAACUGCGAAGAAGCAACAUGUAGAGUUGGAAAGAGUUGCAAACACUGUUCCUGAAAGUGCACCUGUUUCAAUAAAGCAGUUUGCCAAUCGUGCUGUUCUGUCUCUUCAGAGCAAUCCUGGCUGGGGGUUUGACAAGAAAUGCCAGUUCAUGGAUAAGCUUGUUCGUGAGGUAUCUCAACAUUACAAGUAAUCUUGAUAAGGUUUAUCUUUGAUGAGGUAUUGAGUGGAGGGUUGUUUCAAUGCCCUUGUUGCCUGUGUAUUGCACACUGAAGGAUACUGGUGUGGUAAAGCUGACAACAUCCAUAUUUUUGAUUCUCUAAAAUGAAAUGGAAUUUGGUUCAUGGUUAAAUUAUUUUCUAUAGAAUAUGGUGUGGUAGGUAGUCAUGUUUAUAAUAAUAUUUUCUUUUGCUAGCUA